UGUUGUGUUCGAAAUUCAAAUUUGAAUCCGAUUCGAAAACGUUCCGUUCCAUUUAAUAAAUCUUUAACUGCCUUACAUCUAUUCGACUUUAAGAAGUGUUUGUUUGUUGUUCCUGUGUAUGUGUUUAGUGAACGUGCAAGUAUCCAAAACAAUGUUGAUAUGUAUGCACACGUAUGUCAUUGAAUGAAACGCGUUAGCCAGUUGCAAUCGGCGAAAAUGUGACUGUUAGGUUGCGAUACACUGGUGUUUUAUUUGUACCAAGAUGGCUAUGUACUUUUGAUUUAUAAUGUUUACAAUGCGGGUCUUUAAUAGGAUUACGUUUGUGUGUGUAUGCGCGUUGUUAUUGGCCGUGCCUGUGAAGUGUGAGGAUUCGACGGAGAUUCAGGAGUCGGAUGGAAUUGUGGUGAAUGAUGACCAAAGUGACGCAAAGAAGGAUGUUAAAAGCGGGGUUCUGCCAGGUAGUCGACGGAACACAACACAGAGUAGUACAAACGUGACCAGAGACUCGUUGCUUCUGUCGGUGCUUGCUGCGAGACGGAAGCAAUUUGGUGGAAGAGCACCAACAUUGCUGAGUACACUACCAUCAUUAGCGCAAGCAGCUAGAAAGAGCAACACAACAUACGCUAAAAUAGAGAUUCGAGAUGCAAAUAAUGUUACAGUAAAAAGAAUAACAUUUGAAGCAUUGCCACUACAAAAAGUAACCACUGAUGGCACGAAGGUAGUCGAAAUAAAACCUCAUGAAACCAGGCAUUUAUUUGUACCGAAAAAUAUUCAAGAGAAUAAAAGUCGAACUGGGUUUGCAAAUAAUCGUAGACGAGAUUCUGUAAAUACUUAUAAGGGACUUAGCGCUAUAGAACAUGUUAGCGAAAGUGGCGUAGUAUAUAUUCCACCUGAAAAACUAGAAGGUUUGGAUAGAGAAGUGGAUUUAGAUCCAGAUGAAGAAUUUCAGGUCGAUGAGUCCAAUCAUGGUCUAUAUUUACUUAAUUACUCUGAUUCCGAAAAUAUAACAAUUGGUCCACAUUUAAAUAAAACCAAUAUCGGUACGGAAUUCAAGGAAAAUAUUACAACUACACCUGAAAACAUAACCACACCAAUAGCUAGUAACAAUACCAAUGAAUUUGUAUCGACACAAUCUCAAAAGGAAGAAUUAGCUGAUAAACCAGAAACUAACAUUAUUAUAAACAGCACUGAAACUAAACUAUUGAAACCUUUGAAAAAUUUAAACGACAAAGAGAAAAUAAAUCAUACUUUAUUUAUGUCUGAUGAAAUUUAUAAUCAUUUCCGCCCACUAGAAAGUGAAUUACCUGUAGAAGAAAUGGUCCCAUUUAUACAAUUUGGUAAAAAACUAGAUGGACAGAUCAUUAGUGAUAAUUUAACAAAUUCUCCAACAUUAUCAGCAUCAACGAAGUCAGUUAAUUUUAUUGCUGCUCCUUUAGAAAAGCGUAAAUUUAACUCAAGGUAUUCUGCAACAGAAAAAUAUAAAAAUACUAGUGUUGACGAAGAAGAAAUAAAUGAAGAUAUGGAUGUCUCUGUUGUUAAAAAUAUAAUAGAAAAGAACAAAAUUAGAAAUACUGUGAAGGGACCUGCCCCGGCGCGACACGUAAACGCAUACAGAAAAUAUUCAAGUAGUUCUCAAGCCACUACAAAAUCUCCAAAUAUUGCAGAGUUAAAUGUUACAGAACCUAUAGUACUAAACGUUACACCAAAUUAUUUCAAUAAAAGUAAAGAAAUUAAUCCAAUUACUAAUAGUAGUAAUUCAACAAAAGAAGUAACAAAUAAGACAAACAGUACAAAUAUAAUAAAAGAGAAUAUGCCAACCAGGACUAAUGCAACUAUAUUACCUCGAAAUUACACUCGUAAUUAUUUUAAUCUACGUCGUCGACCAGCUCGAGUAACGGCUGCUUUGACUACAGAAAAUAUUGUUCCAAUAGGCGUUAAUGCAACUACAGAAAAAGCUUCCACAUCCGUUUAUACCGCAGUUGUUACUUCAGUAUCAAUAACGUCAUCUAUGAAAGGACUAAAUAAAACUGAUUCUCUUACCAAAGAAUCCGAUAACAGUACAAUACCAGUAGAAAAUAUAGAAUUAUUGAAGAAUAGUAGUGCAAUAAAACCAAUUUAUUUGAAUGAUACAGAAACUACUACAGUUCUGUCAUCUACUAAUAGACCGUCAAGACACAGGAUAAGGAUCAGAACUACAACUACAGAGAGUAGCGUAAAUUCUACUCCUCGUCCUCCACCGGUAGUUUAUAGACCUUCCGAUCCUCCAUUUAUAAGUGAAUUUUCAACAGGCAGUAGCGAUUUAAAAAAUGAAGCUACUACAUCACGUAUAUCUGAAAGGCUAGCCAGUUUAUUGAGGCAAAAUGCAUAUGAAACCAUAGUUAAUGGAAGUACUGUUCGACCAAGAAAUAUUCUUAAGCGACGUCGCCCAACGACCACCAGUACUACUACAUUGUCUCCCUCGAGUACAACGAGUUCGACCACAUUCAGGCCACCUUCACCUGUUUAUACACCUACUGAGAAAUCUGCAUCACAAUCUACAAUAUCACCAACACUUGCGAGUACUGCAACUACUAAAUUAGAAACAGACAAGACGACUACAUUUAAACCGUUUAUUGUAACUUCAAAAACAUCUUCACAGUCUAGAUCCAAACCUGUAAUAAUUGCUUCAAGCGCUUCAUCAACGGAUGUUAACACAACUGUUGCGAAUAUGACAAAUAACGGUGAAGAAGGUUCAACGUCACAGAAUGAAGAAGUAGUAAUAGAAGCUGAAAAAUCAUAUACGGCGUCAUAUGUAUUAGCCGGUUUAGGUUUUUUGCCAAUUGCAGCUAUCGUAGCGUUUAUUUUAAGAAAUAUAUUAAAUAAGAAAACAAAAGAAAUAGAUACGGAAUACGAAGGAUAUUUUGAUGAUGGUGAUAUUAAAAAGGAAUCACCAAUAACAACAGUGGCGCGACCGCCUUUGCCAACGCCUAGUAAACCUGACCAGAAAUGGGAGUUUCCUAGAAAUAAAUUGAGACUGCAAACUUUGUUAGGGCAAGGAAAUUUUGGACAGGUAUGGAAAGCAGAGGCUGAUGACUUAAAUGGACAUGAUGGCCUGACCCGGUUGGUUGCGGUAAAAAGUAUCAAAGAAACAGCUUCGCAGAAAGAGAAACAGGAGCUCCUUCAUGAAAUUUACAUUAUGCAGAAGAUUGGAACACAUCCAAAUGUGGUCACACUCCUGGCCUGUUGCACUGAACAAGAACCUUAUCUAUUGAUAAUGGAGUACGUAAUGUGUGGUAAACUACUGACCUAUCUGCGCGAGCGGCGAUCAAGGCCUGACCGGUUUAGUGGAAGCGGAGCCCUCACUUCAAGAGAUUUGACUGUCUUCGCCUAUUGUGUCGCUAGAGGGAUGGACUACAUUGCUUCUAAAGGGAUUGUGCACCGAGAUCUGGCAGCUCGCAACGUACUAGUCGACCACAACAAGCUAUGCAAGAUCGCAGACUUUGGCAUGUCAAGAUGCGCAGGCGCAUCUGCCAGAGCCGCUCGCUCGGCGUUGCCCGUCAGGUGGAUGGCGCCCGAAGCGCUCUUAUACAACGUCUACAGCCAUCCGACAGAUGUGUGGGCAUUUGGUAUAUUGCUUUGGGAGAUCGUUACGUUAGGUUCAACACCAUAUGCAGCCAUGUCUGGCCGAGAAGUACUUGCCGCUGUUACUGAAGGAUAUCGUUUAGAAAGACCACCACAUUGCAAGCCGCAGCUGUACCGAGCUAUGCAUUCUUGCUGGCAUGCAGACCCAUCACAGAGGCCUACUUUCGCAGAUUUGAAAGCUCAACUCGCGGAGCUUCUUGAUAAUGAGCCCUCAGAAGGCAAUUACGUGGAUUUGGAUUCGUUUUACCAAGAGUCUUCAGUUUAUAGUGAUCCGUCAGCGAUUAUAAAUGAUGAUGAGGGAUUAUCAGCUGAAUAUGAUAGAGAGCGUCGUGUGUUUAGAGAAUUGAACAAUAAGCCUCCAGUCAAAUUCGACAAUCGUGCCUUCAAUUUUAGAGACGAGGAGCUCCGUAACAAAUUCGGUAUUGGAACCCCACGGAUGGGUGGAUUCGGUAUCCGCGACGUACCCUUCAAUGAGAGAAACUUCUCUGACGGUGAAUUCAACGAGCGGACCUUCACGGACAAAAACUUCACCGACAGGAACUUCGCAGACAGAAACUUCAGCGACAAAAACUUCAAUGAACGCAACUUCAGCGACAAGAAUUUCACAGAGAGAAACUUCACUGACAAGAAUUUCAACGAUACGACUUUCGCCGAACGGAAAGAUGGGAAGCUCUCGACGUCCAGUUUCCAUAGAGAAAGGGAGAGAGAGAAUCCUUUAGUCAGUAGGAAUAGUUUCAACGGUUUCCCUCGUAUAGGUACCAGGGACGGCCACUUUCAAAUGACACCUGACGGUAGGAACAAGAGGGUACCAGAAUUUGAAUGUGACAUUUAAUUUAAACACCCCUUUUUACUGUAUGGAAAAAUCUUUUAAAGACUGUCCCCCUGUCAGAGCGGUCACGAGAGGGUGUGUGGGAUUCUUACCCACUAUAAAACUACAGGGUGUAUUUAUGAGCGCCAUUGCCGGAAUCACGAGGUUAUGUUCGCAUUCUACCAGUCACCGGCGGCGUUGGCCCGCCCUGUAGAUUGUGCAGGGCAGGUCCCAAUUUAUACACCUCUGAUUGUAAUAUGGGCAUCAUUAUUUAUUUAAUAUUAGAUUUUAUUGAAUGACAUGUCUUUGGCAUCAUGACGUGUACUUAGUAUGACUAUAUGAUGUAUUAUAAAUAGUAUUGAAAAGCGAAUCAUGCAAAAUAGGACCUUAUUAAAACCAUUACUACGUUUGUUUUUACACCGUCUUUUGUUUAAUUUUUGUUUGUAUUUGAUUAAACUGAAAUUCAAUAUACAUAAAUAAUUUCAAUGAGAAUGCAACAAAAUAGUAUUUUAUAUGGUUUCUGAUUUUAUUUUUAAAACAGAUCCGAUAUGAAGUAUUUGCACUUUUAGUAUUUAAAAAAGAAAUGUUUUGAUAUAAGUUUUAUUACUUUCAAACGAAUUAUUUAAAUUCAAUAAGCUUCAAUAGCUGGAAUAUGAUUACAAUUGACAAUCUUUAUUUUUUUGUAUUCCUCUAAGUUCUUCAGUCGUUCUUGGCUUUUAAGAGGGUAUAUCUUGUAGUAUGAUAUCGUU